CAGGGGUUGGAAAUCGUGUAGUACCCCACCUACAGUCGAAUCGCUAUCACCAUCGGAUUCACCCGAGCGUGUAUAUUUUGCGGAUAGUUAACUGUAUACGUUGUAAUAUUGUACAUACACACCUGUACGCACCACACUGCGUGUACCUGCGUAGAGUUUUUAUCCGUGAAAAGUGCAACGGAAUCGGCAAACUUUUGUCGACGACGACUGAAUCGCGAGUCUCGAUGAAAUAAUAUUUUUUUUUAAUAUUUUCGCUCGCUAUUUCACUCGCUUCGCACGAAAUAUUUCCGUUGAAUAACGAACGGUCGUGUGAACUGCACAUCUAUACGUGCGAAGAAUCGUGUCUUCACCCUUCGUCGAUUGAUGUAACAAAAUGUGCGCAGGAAUAAACAGCUGAAAUUUUCAAACUUACUUUCGCUCUUCCCUUCAUUCGUUUCUCUUCGACGUCGUCCCUCAAUUACAUGUGGAAGUUGUCGAUAUUGAAAAAUUUCAUCCACGAAAAAAAAAAACGAUAUGUGGCGAUAAAUAUUUGAGAAAUAAAAAUAUCGACGAUUAUAAUAAUGUUGUCGAUUAAACGGAGAGAAAAACAAAAUUUACCCUGCCUUUCGUACGGUUACAAUUUGAAAAUAAGAGCAUAUAAAAGGACGAUAAAUGAUGGUUGGAAAUGAACAGCGAAUGUCGAUAUGAGGACGUAUAAUAUCAAGUUAUUUUUUAUCAGAGUCAUAGGAAUAAUUGGGGUGUAAACAUUCCGAUUGACUGAUUCGGUUGUCAACUCGAACUGGGAUGGGAUUGUUACGGGUUAAUUACGAUAAUUGUAUCGGUUUUUCUCAACGUGGGAUUUUCUAAUAUUUUAUACACCGAGCAACAUGUAAUUUAUAUUCUCGAUAAGGGUUGGGCUUCGUUAUAAAGAAGAACGUAGCUUAUUAGCCGUAUCAUGUAGUAAUUAUAAUUAACACUUUGCUGUAUAUUAUUAUUUAGAUAAGAAUCCACGAAAAACCUAAUUAUGCAAUGAAUAUGUCGCGGUUACCGUUUACUCCUUAAUUAGUGAUUCAAAAUGAUCGAUGGGAAGAAUGAGUUUCAAUGAAAUUCCGAAAUUUUGGAUUUAAUUAAAAAAAUAUAUCAAUCGGGGUUGUUAUGGGAGAUGAUUUCAGUGUAAUUUUCGGAGGCAUUUUCCACGCGAACUCGAAAGCUUGAUUUUUUUCCACCGAAUUUUUUGUCGCUUCUUAUUCGAGUACAAAUAUAAUGAAGAUCGGACGAGUGAAUUCAUUAAAAACGACGAUAAGUGCCUCGUUACGAAUGAUAAAGUGAAUUGUACAGUGAGUAAAUGACAAAGUACGCUCUAUCGAGAACUUACGAUACUAUGGAAAACGGGUGAAAAUUAAAGAUCUAAAAAUAAUUGAGGUGAUUAAUGAAGAGGGAGAAAAAAAAUUCUCUGCACGAGGAGUGAAGUGCGUCUGUUGUGAAAAUAAAAAUCACCCGAUAAAAAAGAGGCGAAAAAUCGCAAUUCACGCUUCCAGAUUGUGCCGAAAUAUAUUUUGAAGAAAAUAAGAAAUUAAAAAUUAAUAACCGAAGUAAGAACUCUUCAGACGUGUUUUUAAACACUUUUGACGAAAUACCAAACUACGUUUGGAUGGCUUGUAAAAAGAGACGGAAAAAACUUUAAUACAAUUCAUCGGCCUCCGGGCAAUUUAUUUUUUCUACCGCAUAUGAAAAAUAAAAUUAAUUCGCCUGUUGGAGAGAAAGAUAUUUUCUACAUCAAAAGUGCAUUACACAAAACGAUGAAGAACACGAGGUGACAGAGGGAGGAAUUGUUUUUUUUUUCUUCUCUUUCCCUCCCCUACGCCCCCCCUCUUUUUAAUUUGAGUUUCCCAAAAAACGUCAGUUUCGUAAUCGUCAUCAAUCUUCGACCUACAUACUCACGCGAAUCGGUAUCGGUGUUUCCUCUUGUCUACAUGAUUGAAGAAAAAAAAAAAGAUCAAUUAAAGAAAACUAAAGUAAAAUAAAUCUCGUACACUCCUCCAUUUUAUAUUAUCGUUGUUGUAAUAAUCGUGAAGAAUUUGUAUAAAUGUAUUUAAAAAAAAUAACAAUAAUAAUAAAAUUGAUAAUUGAUAAAAACGGUGUAUCGAGAGGACGAAAAUAGUGGGUUCAAUGCAAUAAUUAGAAAGUUACAGACUGUACGUUAUAACCGUAAACUAGGGGUUAUCACUCCCGGGAUAUACAUACGGGAAACGCCGGCUUGGCUAUGAUUGGAUAUAAUCAGCACAACACCGGCUAUAAUAAGCUCUUUACUCAGGGCUCGGCAGAUUCAAACUAUUCUCAACCGAGUUCCGAUCUUUCGUUGGACGAAGAAAAGGAGAGCCUGCGUCGCGAAAAAGAGAAACAGGCUCUCAAUCAGCUCGACAAAGCGCGGACAAAACCGGUAGCGUUUGCGGUAAGGACAAACGUUAGUUAUGACGGAUCCGUCGACGACGAUUCACCCGUUCAUGGAUCAGCCGUCAGUUUCGACGUCAGAGAUUUUCUCCACAUCAAAGAAAAAUACGACAACAACUGGUGGAUAGGUAGGCUGGUGAAGGAGGGUUGCGACGUUGGAUUUAUUCCUUCACCCGUGAAACUUGAGGCUGUCAGGUCUCAAGCGAGUGAAAAUCGCGGUACAAAAGGCCUUUAUUCUGCUAGGGGUGGUUCUUCAGGAAAUCUUGGCGAAAGUGGAAUGCCCUCCAGAGGAUCUACGCCACCGACACCCGGUGACGAUAGCGACAGUGUGGGGAAUACGAGACCAGGAAAAACCACCCUCACAACACCACCGGCGAAGGAAAAACGAAAAAAUUUCUUUAAGAAGCCGUCCUACGAGACAGCUACACCCUAUGACGUUGUACCUUCGAUGAGACCGGUCGUUCUUGUUGGUCCUUCGUUAAAAGGAUACGAAGUAACCGAUAUGAUGCAGAAGGCCUUGUUCGAUUUUUUGAAACACCGUUUCGAACGGCGAAUAAUAAUAACGAGAGUAAUGGCCGAUAUAUCGCUGGCCAAAAGAUCGCUCCUCAAUAAUCCAACGAAGAGAGCUAUAAUGGAAAGAUCUACCAGCAGAAGUAGCUGCUUAGCAGAAGUACAAGCUGAAAUAGAGAGGAUUUUCGAAUUGGCCAGAACUCUCCAGUUGGUGGUUUUAGACUGUGACACUAUAAACCAUCCAUCCCAAUUGGCGAAGACAAGUUUGGCGCCUACAAUUGUUUAUUUAAAAAUAUCAUCGCCGAAAGUUUUGCAAAGGCUUAUAAAAUCCAGGGGAAAAUCCCAGGCGCGACAUCUCAAUGUUCAAAUGGUCGCCGCCGAAAAACUCGCCCAAUGUCCUCCGGAGAUGUUCGACGUUAUUCUCGAUGAAAAUCAACUGGAUGAGGCUUGCGAACACGUCGCUGAAUAUCUCGAAGCUUAUUGGAGGGCAACUCAUCCUCCGGUUGCUGCACCUGUUCCAAGGGCAAUGCCCGCGCCCGACGCCCCAGUUGACACACUCGCCCCCCGUGUCACCCCUGGAGGUCAUCACGAGGGCUACUACGGUCAUGAGCCACGAGGUCCCUCAUCGUACGGUGGUGGUCACGGGGGUCCUGGAAAUCGUCGUUCGAGAUUGGAGCGUUUGGAUAGAGAAAGAUCCGAGCAGGAUUACCCGGAAGAUGAUCAUUACGUAACGGGUAGUAUCGACUACAAUAACAGUAAUACCGCAUCAAGACGUCGCCACCCGCAGGACUCGCGAGCGCUAAAUGCUAUCUAGGAGCUGGUGCCCCGGGGCCCGCCUCUGCUACGCUGUACCCAUCUUCGCACCACCGCUUUGUAAUUAACACGAAGAACAGAGAUUAAAUAAAUCAAAUAAACAAACAAUAACCGAUAAACAUAAAAUAUCAUUACAAAACAAGAACAAGAGAAACGAAAACGAAGAUAAAUAACAUUGAAAAGAGAAGAGAAAUUGAAAUUAACUUGAAAACAUUAUAUCGAUGUGGUUUACAAAGGAAAGGGAUUUUCUUUUUUUCUAUUUUAUUCAUCUGAGAUACACCGUGGUCGUCGAUGUUGGAUCGAAUUAUGAUAUCUGAUUCAAUUUUUUGGCUAAAAACAAAGUAGAGGAAAAGAAGAAGUGAAAAAAGAAAAGGAAAUCUAAUACGAUAGAAAAAAAUGCUGUAAAUGACGUCGGUUCAUACGCAUCGUCGGUGCCCGGAAAGACUCAGGGUGGUCAAACGGACCGUGGGAAUCCUUGGCUUUGAAAAAUUGAUACGAUUCUAUUUUCUCUUUUGAUUUUUUGUGGUUUUUGCAGUAGGACUUUAUAAAACACAAAUGUAUAUGGAGUGUUAUCCGGAAAAUCUAGUUGAUUCAUAGACAGGAGAAGGAUGAAAUGGGAUUCCCCGAAAUUUGAAGCCCGAGAUUCUUGCAAGGUACUGCAAUCCCGAAUAAUUUAAAGAAUCAAAAAACUUAACUAUACAUAACAUACUAUACGGCUGUAUUACGAUGAUAACGAUAAUUUGGAAUAGUUGAAAACACCAAGGUUAUCGAUAAUUCGUUCAUCGUAAUAUAGGGUAUACAUGAUAUCCGGGUAUGCCAAAAACUAAACAGAGCCCUGGGGCCCCAUCCCUCCCCUCGCCCCCAGCCCCUGUGCCUCGCGACGCCAAAGAGCACGAUCGUCCUUAUCGUUGUAAUUGAACAUACAUUAUAUGUAGAUAAUUUAAAAAUUUUCCUCGUUUCUUUAUCCUAAUCUCUUAGAAUGAAACGACAAGGAUAUGAUUCGAUUACUCAUCUACAUGCAUAUAUGAAUUUAUAUUCAUUUCUGUCGAAUAAUUUUUCAAUUUAGAUCUUUUUUUUCAUUUCAUUUCCAAAUAUUGAUAUUAUAACGUAUUAUUAUAGUAUAUAUAUAUAUAUAUGUGUAUAUUUGGUACUAGGGCCCGACCCCCGCCCCCCAAAAUAAAAUAAAUUACAAAAUUACAAAAAAAUUAAAGACAAAGCCCCGAUCUACACAGCACGAUAUUAUUGAAUUAUGAAAACGUAUUCGAAAAUUAUAGAAAUUCGUAUACCUAUUUCCUCCCCUUUAGAAAAUCAUACUUAUGGAAGAUAUAGGGAUAUAAAAAUAAAUAAAAUAAAAAAUUCAGAGAGAACAAAUAUCUAAUUAUACAAACCCGCUAUACUAAUAAAGAAUGACACAAAAAAGAGGACAUACUAUAUACUCAUACACAUGUAUAAAUUAUCAACAGAACAAACAUAAAUGGACCCCCCUCUAUUCUCCUCCUUAUAUUUCGAUGAAAAAAUCUAGACAUCAUAAUUUAAUAAAAUGAAACUCGCGAGUAGAUAUGUUAUUCUAAUCAUUGUUAUUGUUAUUAUUAUUAUUACUAUUGAUUUUAUUCCCACAUAAUCAAAUAUGAUUAAAUUCAUGUAUAAAUUCACAACACUGUAUAAUGAGCUUCGUAACAUUUACCAAAAACCGUGAAAAACGAAAAAAAAAAAAAAUUAAAUAAAAAUAAAACAAUUAAUUAGAACAAUUAAAUUGUGUUUUAUUAUUAACGAUUAUUAUUAUUAGUAUUAUUAUCAAUAUUGUUAGAAAAUUUGAGGAAAUUAAAAUAAUUGAUUACGAAAAUAAUUAAGUUUGGCUAAUUAUAGUAAAUAAAUAUAUAUUAUAUACAUUAUACAUAAUGCGAAAUAUUAUGUCGUAAACGAUCAUGAUAUGCAACAAAAGAGAAGAAAAAAAAAGAAUUUACACAGCAAAAAUCAUUUAUAUACCAUGCAUAUAGAAAUUAUGGGGUUAAUAACUAUAUAUACAUAUGAUAAUAUAUUAUACAUAGAUAUAUAAAUUGUAAAUAUUGUAAGAAAGAGAAGAAGAAAAGAAGGAAAGAAAGAAAGAAAGAAUGACAAAAAGAAAGAACAAUAUACUAAUAAUUAAAUUACAUAUGUAUACAUAUAUAUAUAUAGAAUACAUGUUUUCCGCGGUAAUACUCGGUUAUUAAUUCUAUAUUAUAAAUAGCAAAAUAAAAUAGAAAAAUAAAUUCAUUUAUUAUUCAAUAAUAAUUAGCAAACGAUAAAACGAAAUCUUUAUAAUACCUGAUAACUAAUUUGAACAGUCGCAGCUCCCUGUGAACAAGAUGUAUUAUAGUAUAACAUUAAUAAUGAUAACGAUGGUACUAUUAUUCAUCGUAGAAAAAUAAUAAUAAUCAUCACAAUUAUUAUUAUUAUUAUUAUUAUUAUCUAGUAUUUUUACAGACAAUAUAUAAAUUUCUCAAUUUAUAUAUAUGUAUAUAUAAAUAUAUUCAUGUAUUAAAAAAAAAAAGUUUCUUACAAAAAGGCGACGACUAUGUCAUAUAGUUAUGUGGAAAAGAGUAAAUUAUACGUAUGAUAUAUUUGAAAUGAAAAAAGAACAACAUUAUAGUAUCUAUUCUAAUAGAUACGUAGAUGAAAAAUGAUAAUCUAUACAUAUUGUCGAUGCCAUAGAAGUUGUUAUUAUAAUUAUAAUCAUUAAUAUUUAUUAUUGCGAUGAUUAUUAUUAUUAUUAUUGUUGUUGUUGAUAUUAUUAUUGUUGUUAUACAUAUUAUAAUUCAAUUUGUUAAAUUGACAGUCAUAAUUAUAUGAUAAUGGGAGAAAAGAGAACAAAAUGAAAGCAAGAAAUUGAAUAAAAUAUUUAAAGAAAAAACGGAAACCGUAUAGUUGAGGAAGGUUAUUAAUGAAAAUACUAAUACUGCUAAUAAAAUUAUUUAUACGUAUUAUGAUAUGUAUAAUAACUGUAUGAGAAAUAUAUCGCGAGGACGGAAAAUAGAACGGAAAAGUUGUAGGUAGAAAAAUUUAUUUAAAGAAAAACUGAUUUGAUCAUGAAACCUGUGUAGAUAUUCGAAAAUCAUUAAGUCACUAUAGAAGGUAUUCUUUGUGUAAAGAAAAUAGAUAUAUAUAAAUAAAUGAAUGAAUAAAUAGAUAAAACGAGAAUAAAUAAAUGAAAGAAGAAUAAAUAUAUAGAUGGUGUAAUUGAACCGCGAGAUAUUGCGAGUGUAACAGGAAAUGAGAGAAGAUAAAUAAUUGUAUGAAACGCGAUUCGCGUUGAGAAAAAUUAUUUGCAUCGAUAAUAAUCUGAUUUUUCGUUUUAUGAUCGUUUUUAUUCAUUUACAGUAUACGAUCAUUGCUCGUCUUCAUUUCUCUCAUGUUCUAAUUUCUUUUUUAAAUUUUAUUCUGAUUAAAAUAUUCUAUUCAUCGUCAAGUUUUAUUUUUCUUUUUUUUUCAUUUUCUAUAAAUUACACGUAUACGUACACGACGAGGUAUGUAUAUGAAAUUAGAAACGUUCGUACAUGUAAUAAAAUCAAUUAUAUCUCUAUAAAAAUAUCAUUAUCUCACGUGACAAAAUUUCGCGAGUGUUAAACUUUCAAAAAAUUUUUAUAUUCAGAAAAAAAAUAAAAACUUUCGGGUUAAGGGUGCCCGUCAUAGAAUCGUCGUCGAACUAAUCAUGCGCACUGUUGAAAGUACACUAAAAAAAACUAACAUUCAUAAUAUUAUCUAUAAUAAAUUAAACAAUCGCUAAGCCGAAGAGACAAAAAUUGAAAGUGAGAGCGAUCAAGAAGAGAGAGAGAAAGAGGGAGAGAGACGGACG